GUGUGAAACCGGCCUUAGGACUAACAUGCCUUCGAUGCCUGACAUGCAUAGUCUUUACGUCAAAACUCUUUGAUCGGAUAUAAACAACGUAGCCAAAUUUGAAAGCUGUCGCAGUAGACGCAGAAACUGAAAGUGGUAAUUAUUGACAAUGCUAAACGAACCCCGGAAGGAAAUGGGUGAGGCCGGUGCGGAACUUGGUAUUGAAGGUCAGAGUAAAUCUCCGGUCUUCUUACAAGAAGAUUAUGACUUGGCGAAUACUAAUGUGGUGCGAUCGGAAGGAUAUGCGACCAUGUUCAUUGAUCCAGAUGUUAUAGAAUUUUUUCUCAGAGCUGACUCAAUUAAGGAUAGCGCGGAAGAAGUUAAAACUAGUAUUUCGAAGCGUAUUGAUUAUUUGUUGCAGGUUGUGAAAUCUAAGAUUCAAGGCGAAAAGAAUAUAUCCGUCCAUGAACUUCUGGAUAAGAGGGACGACAUGUAUACUAUGUCAGCGGAAAUACUUGUUAAAUGUGGCUCAUUGCAGAAGUAUGAAGAAAUCAGGAACAUAGUUGUAGAGAAAUUGGGAGGAACUGUCUUCGUCAGCGAACCCAGACAUUAUCACACGCACAGGUGUUUGCAGGACGCGAGGAGGCUGUACUUCGAGAGUGUGCUGCGGUCCAACCCCCUCCUGUUUCACCUCACACUCGAAGACAAAAUCCUGGAGUUGUACUAUAACAAGAAGACGGAAUUAAUAAGCACUCUAUGCCUCUUGCCACUACACUCUGAAGCGCUGCUGCAGCUACCUCUCUUCACCUUGCAGAGAGAAAAGAACAAGUACACACACAGAGAUGAUGGAAUGCACAACAAGAUGGACAGCAGUGGACUGAGGACAAUGGAGGGCAGGGACGUGUUUCCUUCUGUUUUGGUGGCCUCCUCAUCAUCGCAUGAGGCCUAGGUGAUGGAAGGUCACAUGCACUUGAUCUCCCAUUCCAGCCUCAAGUUCAUUAGUAUAUUAUCAUUAUUUUGGUAUCACGCUGUUGCAGGAAUGUCACUGGAUCAGGAAUUUUCUUUCGUGAUUUUAGGGAAGUAAUUAACUCAGUGUUUCUAUUAUUGUAAAGUCCUUGUCUGCAUGUGACAAAAGCCUUUUGGCAAACUGAACACUGAGUUUCUUGGUUUCUUUAAACAAAACAAAAACUGUGGAUUUAAUUGUCAAUACCACUUCAAUAAUGUUUUAGGGGCCCAGUAAUUUAUUUAAGUACUCAACUUGAUUAAUGUGUAACAGCUUUGUGGCUAAUCAAUGAAGUGUUACUGUUUGCUUCGGUUUUUACACAUGGGUAGCAUUUUGCCACCUUGGCCAUAUCUUGUCUAUGCGGGAGCAGAAUAACAGUGUCAUAUGACACCAAAGUGUUGUCAUUUGUCUUACACUCACUAAUAUUUUCAAUAAAAAUGAUUUACAGUGAUUGUGUGCCUUCUAGUGGUGAGAUGGCUAAUGGACUUUGGAUACCAAUAUUAUAUGUACCUGUGUCUAAUUUCUUGCCUUGGAGCAGGCCUAGAGUGUACUAUUGUAGUGGAGAUGUAUGCAUUUUAAUGUCUUUCAUUUAACAUUUGUUGAACUUAUAUUCAAGUCCUUGUGGGUUUAACCCACAGUUGUGAUGCUAGUCACAUGGAAAGACUGCUGCUGCAGGUUUAUUUAAUUAAUUAACUGUUUGUAAUCAGGCCACCAUUGGAUUGCACAGUUAAACUGUUCUUGUAGUACCAUUUGUAAUUUUAUACAUAAUGAAAAUGCCUUUAAUUGAAAACCUUAACUAUUUGUAUGAAUUUGGCAAGAAUAUUUGAAGCUGUUAGUUGCUUAUGAUAGAAUAGUUGUUAACAGAACAUAUUUGUCUGGGAAUGGUAAAUGAUGCAUGAAGUUGUUUACCUUAAAUUAACCCUGAUCCUUGUCGUGGGUCUCACAUUGUACCACUAACACCCUCCCUCAAUAUUAAUCACUGAUGUAUAGACAUUAGCAAUAUUGGUCGAAGAUUUCAUACUGUGCAUGGUCUACAUCUUAACUUUUUGGGGAAACAGGCGAUAGCCAAACAAAUAGCCAAUAUUGUGUCAGAAAGGAAGAAAAAGUCCUGUGAUAAAAAGCUAAUUCUUUGUUAGCAUUACCCUCUCAAUUCAAGUACACAGAAAAAUUCAACAGACUUUAAAUCAAAACUACAAAAUCAUCCUUCAUUGGAGGAUACAAAAGAAAUGGAAAACAAUACAAAAAAUAUAAACCAAUUCAAUGCCAUUUAAGAAGU